AUGAAUGGGACUACAAGCUUGCUGCGGGCGCAGGUCGAGGAAGUGUCUCUAUCUGAUAUUUUCCUUGAACUUCUGCACGGAAGGGCUCUCUGUCUCGCUGUCGAUCCUCCAUUCCAGCCUCCCAGCGCUUUUGGUACAUUCGAUUUCUCCACUGGAACACGCGACGAGCUCUACGAGUGGUCUUCACAUCUCUCUCUUGCUCAAAUUCCAGCCAAUCUUCUCAUUUCUGUCUUCGACAGGCUCUUCUUCAUAGGAACUGAGUUCCCUCACCUAACCUGUAGCGGUAUACAUUCGCUGCAUUUUCUCAGGUCUUCGUGCAGAGCGAUCUGUGAUAUCGUUCAUUUAUGGCUUGAACGGGGCGAGGUCCAAAGCUUCUUGCGAGAAAUCAAAGAUAACAUCCUGAUUCGUGGCCCCAUGCAACUCUCACGAAAGAACGCGGACUCGUUCCGCGUGCCGAGAGAGAAUACGCUACCUUAUGACACCGCAGCGAACUGUGUGGAUUGUUUGAAGUUUCUCGUCGAGCACCGCCUCGUCGGUAUCGAAUAUUACGACGAGACGGGGAGAAACUAUCUCCACGCUGCUAUCGACAACGACAAUAACGACUGCCUGCAAUAUCUUCUUAACAAUAUGACCCCAUCAGAAGUUGAUCGAAGCACAGAUAUCAACCUCAGUCGGCUAUGCGGACAUCCUCUUGUUCAACUAGCCGAAAAGCGUAACCAACGCGGCUUUGAAAUCGUCCUACUACAGCUCCUUGGGCACUAUAAUCCCGCCGACCUAUUUACCGACGAUGAGUUCAAGCUCAAGCUGUGCGCAUUCAUUUCUCCAGAAUUUGCUGAACAGCUCUUUGUCAUGGACCUGAAUGUCGGCAAUGCAAAAGACGAGCUCGGAACGACUUCGUGGCACGCCGCAGCGCAAGGAAACCCUCGCGGAGAGGAUUUCAUGAUCUGGCUCUUAAGCCGUGCGGGGAACGAGCCGACUAUCAGAGACCAUAAGGGCAAUAAUGCAUUGAUGCACGCUGCGAAAGGAAAUCGAGUUACAUCUAUACAAUGGCUGUGCAGCUAUGUCGACCCGAUGGAGCCCUGGGUUGACGUAACCAUACAGAGAAGCCAAGGGGGACCGGCGUAUGCACUCAGACUCGCUGCAGAGUCAAUGGAAGAGAACAGCCCAGAUAUCUUCCGCGGUAUAAUGACGCGCAUGCCCCGAGACUACUUCGAGAACAUGCAUAACUCCAUCUCCAUUUUCAAAUUGAUCUGCGACACCCUUGCUGCAACACGACGAAAAUUGGCUAUGCGGCAUCCGCAACCCACGGCUGCCCACCGGAAGGAAUGGGAGAAUGCCUGGCGUGUAUCCGCUGCCAAGUGUCAGAAGCUUAGUAGUCAUCUCGAGAAGAGGAUCUUUCGGCGUGGCCCUGGCGAGUGGCAUGGCACGCAUGCGAUGAGAUUAAUAUGUGAAUAUGCGCGUGAUUUGGAUCUUCUGAUGCUGGUGCAGGGCAUCGUGCCCCUGCCACCGGAGGGCAAGUUUUGGUUCCAUAUUUUCAAGAACCGAGAGAGGGGAGGAGACGGGAGGUGGCCCUAG